AUGGCCAGGCAGACCUUGGUUCUCGGAGCUCCUUCAGCUGGUGUGGGGAUCCCCCUGACCCCCUUCCAACCAGACCCAAGUUGUGAAGAGCUGACAACUUUAAAGAUGAUCUCACUGUGUCUGAUAUUUCCACUUCUCGUAAAGAUGGUUCAUGGGGUAGCUGGGAUUGAAUCUUUAUCCAUACGUCAGGAGAGUGGUCUCAUGUCAGCCAAAAUUGGAGACACAAUGAUUUUGCGUUGCUUCUAUGAAGGCGACAUGGCCAUGCAUUUCUCCUGGUACAAGCAAACCUUGGGAGAUAAACUUCAGCUCUUCUCAACCGUUCAUUGUAAGUAUGACAGGAAUGCAACGUUCUACUAUGAGUUUAAGGAUAACCCUCGCUUCUCAGUGGAAAAUGGCCCAAAAAAGAAUCACCUAAGGAUCUCAGACAUGCAACUCUCUGACUCCGGCACAUACUACUGUGGAAAUGCUUAUACCAAUAGGGUGGAGUUUGGAAAAGGAGCUAUUCUCAUUGUAGAAGGUUCAGGUUCCAGAAACAUGCCUAUACUCCAGCAAUCUCUGUCUGAGUCAGUCCAGCCAGGAGACUCUGUGACUCUGAACUGUACAAUACACACUGAGACCUGUGCAGGAGAGCACAGUAUCUAUUGGUUCAGACAUGGCUCAGGAGAAUCCCUUCCAGGAAUCAUUUACACCCAGGGAGACAGGAGUGAUGAGUGUGAGAAGAGCCCUGAGGCUGUGUCUCCUACACAGAGCUGUGUCUACAACCUCCCCAAGAGGAACCUCACCCUCUCUGAUGCUGGGACUUACUACUGUGCUGUGGCCUCAUGUGGGGAAAUACUGUUUGGGAAAGGGACCAAGCUGGACAUUCAAAUUCCAGAGCAUGAUUCUCCAUUUGAUCUAAGUCCUACUGUUCUUGCCUUGGUCGUGUCCAACAUCGUUCUAGGGAUAGUGACCCUUCUGCUUGCCUGGGCGCUUUACAAGAAUCUGAACAGACAUCACAGAGGGAGGAAAGAUGGUCCAACAUCCCAGGGGAAUCAGAAUCAAGACAGUGACGUGUUGAACUACGCCGCUGUAACUUUCACUCCCAAGAAGAACUCUUCCUCCUCCAGAAGAACAAGAGAGAAGACCAGCAGAGAGGAUGCAGUGUACUCUGAGGUCAGGUACCUUCAGCAGGAGUGAGAAACACAGUAUCACCACUGUCACAAAGACUCCAAGCAGAACCAGUUUACUCCUUGUAAUAAAAUGACUGUUAGUAACUGAAAUGUAUGUAAUUUUGACAAUGUCUAUAUGUUAGAUUUAUAUGAUUAUCCUGUAA